AGAGAAGGAAAAAAGACUCAACACGUUCUGGUGAAUUAAAGAAUCGCUUAAAUCUACGGUCCAAGUGUCGAGGGACCUAACGACAUGCUGACCGACAUGACACCAGCCGCGGCUGGUCAACUUUAUCCGCAGCUGCAAUCCAUCGCCAAGUCACCAGCUCAUGGACAUGUGGAUCAUCCGGGAUUGCGAGGAACGCCGCUGGCAAUGUUGGCGGCGCAAUGCAACAAAUUGAGCAGCAAGAGCCCGCCGCCACUGGCAGACGCGGCGGUCGGCAAAGGUUUCCAUCCAUGGAAGAAGAGUCCUCAGAGCAGCGGCAGCUCGCCGCAACACUCACCGACGGCGACGAGCAGCGCCGGUAGUACGAGCGGUGGUUACGCCCGAGCACCGGUCACUUCUUGCGCUUCAACGGCACCGCAAUACGGCAGCGAGCUAUAUUUUCCUGGUACCGCGAGCGCACAACCUGCCGGGGAUCCUCAUCACCACCAGAGCAGCCUACUUGGAAAGGUCGAAGGCGCGACACUCGGGUCCGUAUACGGUAGACACCCUUACGAGUCGUGGCCGUUCAACGCGAUGCCAGGCGCUACGCACGGGGGCAUAAAAGCCAGCGACGGUUGGUGGGACGUUCACGGUGCCACGGCCGCCGGUGGUUGGUUAGACGUAAGCGGCACGGUCGGCGUCGGAGUUCAUGCCGCGCAAAUGGCCAAUUACUCGGCGGACUACUCCACAAGCCUAGCACUGGCCGGCAAUCACUUGCUCACUACGGCCACUACCGCCGGGCACAAUCUGCUCCAAGACACGUACAAAUCUAUGCUACCCGGGGGUCCGCCCGGGUUCGGGCUCCAUCAUCACGCAGCAGCGGCGGCCAGUGCCGGUGCCGGUGCCGGCGCCGGGAGCCCGCAAGGAAGCGGCGCCGGCGUCGGCGUAGGCGUGGGCGUGGCCGGCGGGGCUGUUAGCCAAGCACCCUCGCCGCGCUCGCAAAGACGUUACACCGGUCGUGCGACCUGCGACUGUCCUAAUUGCCAAGAAGCCGAGAGACUCGGUCCCGCCGGCGUACACCUCAGGAAGAAGAACAUCCAUAGCUGUCACAUACCUGGUUGCGGCAAGGUCUACGGAAAGACGUCCCAUCUGAAGGCCCACUUGCGGUGGCACACUGCGGCACCUUCGAACCCACACCGGCGAAAAGAGAUUCGCCUGCCCGGUCUGCAACAAGCGGUUCAUGCGCAGCGACCAUCUCGCGAAGCACGUCAAGACCCACAGCAGCAGCAGCAGCGGCAGCAAGGGCAAGGGGGGAGCGGGGAGCUCGUCAGCCGAGUCCUGCUCCGACAGCGAGGACAACGGGAGUCAGCAGAGUCCCACUUCCAGCUCGGUGCCGCCGCCGCAGCCGCCACCGCCGCCGCAGCAGCAGCAGCAGCAGCAGCAGCAGGCUCAGGCUCAGGCGCAACAGCAGGCUCAGCAGCAGGCGCUGGCGGCGGCAGCGGCGGCCCAGGACACCAGCAACACCAAUUCCCAGACCACCACCACCAAUCUCGGCCAUCAGCCGACAACACCCAUGACCCCAAUACAGAUGACCCCACCGUCUCUGACCGCACACCAUCCCCACCACCCGCAUCUCCCGCCUCUAAUGCACCAUCCGCAUCAUCACGCAACAUCCGUACCGGCGGCCCAUCAUCCGCACGCGGGGAUGAGCAUGCACUGAGCCCGGUGGGGCCCGGAGCCGGUGCCUGCAGUACAUCUGCCGCAACGACCCUGGGCUCCUCCUCCUCCCUAUCCUACCCCCUCAACUUGAACCUUAUCCAGAAUCACGUCAAUGCUCAUCCUCAUCAUCAUCAACACCAUCACCAACAACAGCAACAACAGCAUCAUCACUCCAAUCCAUCCUCCCAUCACCAUCAUCAACAUCAUCAACAUCACAAUCAGCAACAACAACAGCAACAACAACAACAACAACAACACUCUCGACAAAACAAUUCCUAUUCCAUACAACAGAAUCCUGGUACACCCGGCUCGGUACAGACUCCUUCACCCUCCUCCCCCGCGCCUGUACAUAGUCUUUAAGCCGAUAACGAUUUUCCUAAAACCUUUCGUUUCCUCGGAGAGCAGGAACGGAGGGAGCAGCCUGCCUCUCCUUCGACCGCUGUGCACGCGGAUUUUGCUGACUUUGUUACUUGUAAAUACUAUAAAUAGUGAGCGUGUGCGUGUGAGUAAGAAAGACAGAGAGAAUGGUAACGCGUACGAAAGAGCAAACGGG